CAGUAAUAUCUAAAUAGGUGUUGCUUUUAUGAAGAAAGUUUUGGUUCCUUUUUUAUCAGAAACCAUGGAAUUCCGUUAAGAAUAGGUUAUAACUUAUAACUACAAAUCACUCUGUAUUUGGCUUUUCUCUCAUUUUUGUAACAGCACAAAGUGAAAGACGCUUGGUUUCUUCGCGUGACUCAAACAUCUAACUUUUUCUCCUCAUUUUCUUUUAUCUUUCUCUCUCUCAUAUAUUGCGUGAAACUCACGGCUUAUUUUGUUUGUUUUCAUGUUUUUCUCUUUUGGAAUUCUGUUUCAUCUUUUUUGGGGUUGCAGAGUAGAAAGGGCACGUCAUUUUCCAGAGAAGAAAACCAGAAAGCAGAACUUGUUAUGUAAAAUUCAGUUUGUUUGUUUUUUUGCUUUGAGAGUCGGCUAUAUUUUUCAUUUGAAUUGAAAGACAAGUCUCUCUAGUUUUUUCUUGGGUUUGUGUUUUCUUUAAGUUUAGUGGAACGAAAAAUUGUACUUUAGAUUUGUGGGUAACUAUUCUGCUUACUAGAUUUGUGGGUUUUGACUGAAAGGGAGAAAAUCACGCCGGAGUCUUUGGUUCGCGGUGACCGGAAAGUGAAGGGAAAAGAAAGAGAAAAAAUAAAAAAAGACGACUUUCUGUCUUCCUUUUUUCUUUAAUUUUCCGUAUAAUAAUUAGUUGUCUAAACGUCAAAAAUUGGUUUCUAAUUUAUUUAUUUAUUUUUCACCUUGUAUAUUAGACCGAGUUAUAUUCGCCCCUUCUCAUUCUCAUACUAAUACAAUCCCGUCAUUUUCUCUCUCUCCCUUUCUCCCAUUUCUACUUUGUGUUUUUGUUUUUCUACUUCUCUGUUUCUUUUGGGUCUCCUCUGUUUCACAGAGUUUAGAGAGAGAAACAGUAAAUUCCUAUCUCUUUCUCUCUCUCAGUUUUUCUUGAAUAAUAAUCAUGUCAAUGGACAAAAGCUCAUUGCAAUCAAACCUUGAUUGCUUCUUGGAAUGCACCACACCGUUAGUCCCUUCCCAAUUUCUACCCCAGAGUGAGAUUAGGAAUCUGAAUAGGUUAUGGCAUCCUUGGGAAAGAGAGAAGGUUGAAUAUUUUACUUUGGCUGAUCUUUGGAAUUGUUAUGAUGAAUGGAGUGCUUAUGGGGCUGGAGUUCCUAUUAAAAUGGAUACAGGCGAAACUUUAGUUCAAUAUUACGUGCCUUAUCUUUCAGCUAUUCAAAUCUUUACGAGCAGGUCUUCUGUUAAUUUUCUAAGGGAAGAGACUGAGUCUGUUUGCGAGACGAGGGACUCGUUCAGUGAUUCGUUCAGCGACGAGAGUGAAAGUGAAAAGCUAUCAAGAUGGGAUGGUUGUUCCUCUGAGGAAGGAGAUAGUCUUUGGCAAAUGAAUGAUAGAUGGGGCUAUCUUUAUUUUCAGUAUUUUGAGAGAUCUACUCCCUAUGGAAGAGUCCCUUUGAUGGACAAGAUUAGUGGCUUAGCUGAAAGAUACCCUGGAUUAAUGUCGUUGAGAAGCGUAGAUCUUUCACCAGCUAGUUGGAUGUCAGUUGCUUGGUAUCCAAUAUAUCACAUUCCUAUGGGAAGAACCAUUAAAGACUUGUCAGCAUGCUUUCUCACAUUCCACACCCUUUCUUCUUCUUUCCAAGAUAUGGACCUUGAAGAUGACAUGGAGAAUGGUAAACAGAAACGAAAGGAAGGAGAAAGUAUCCCACUUCCACCUUUCGGUUUGGGCACUUACAAGAUGCAGGGUGAUGUGUGGCUUUCAGACAGGAAUGGAAGGGACCAAGAGAGGCUGGCAUCACUUUUUAGUGUGGCGGAUUCUUGGCUAAAGCAGUUGGGUGUCCAGCACCAUGACUUCAACUAUUUCAUGGGUAUUCGUCGUGGCUAACUAUUUCAAAUGAUGAACUGCACUUUAAACCCCGCCAAUGGGGCUGAUCACUGGAAUCCCUUCUUGUAGGCUCUGAGGUGUUUUGGUUUGUCGCGUUGGUAGCAUUAACAGCCUUAGUACUGAGGAUAUCUCUUAUGUAAAGAAAGGCAUUAGGCUUUUUUAUGUGAUCUUCUCCUUAUCCCAAACUGAGGAUGUUGUGACUUCUUUUUGUAUAGAGGACUAAUUGGUAGGACAUGACUGUGAUGACUCCUAGCACUUUGUGAGCAAUUCUUGCACGCUUGUGCAAAUUGCUCCAUCUUUUGUAUAAAUUCUGAGGUGUCUUUUUGGUGUUUCUUUUGUGCUUUCCUUGUAAUAUUUUCAUUUCAUGUAAAUAGUUGGAUCUUUUUAAACAGUAAAUUCCAGUACAAGUGGAGAAAAGAUGAUGGGUU